AUGGUGCAGAUGAUGGAGUCUCAGUGCGAAUAUUUCAUGUAUUUCCCGGCGGUUCCCAUCACGGACCUGUCCGAGCCAGCCCGGUACCGAACUCUGCCGCGCCGGAGCCACCUCUAUCUGGGGGAGACUGUCCGCUUCCUGCUGGUGCUGCGUUGCAGGGACGCCGGCAAGGCGACGCCGACCGAACCAGGCCCCGGGGACAGCGCGGGGUUCGGGACAGAGACUUGCAGCGGGCGGGCCUGGCGCGAGCUGGCAGGCUCGCUUUGUGCGGUGGCCAGCGUAAGUCCGGGCGAGAGCGGUCGCCACCGGUCUGGCCAGCACUACCACGACUACGGCAGCAGCGGGGACGAGGCUGGCGACGACACCAGCGACGACUAUAUGGCUGCGGCGGAGGCAGCCAUCGCGGCGCUGGGCAGUAGGGUGGAUUCGCGAUGUCGAAGCUUUCGGGACUGCAAGCCACUGCUCAUCCAUAACUCGUGUGGCUCGGCUAGCCGGGAGUUCCGCAGGGCUCCGGUCCAGUCUCCUCUGGAUGAGCCAAUGGUUCUUGCGGACGAGGUUGUCUUCCCGCUCACAGUCUCAUUGGACAAACUUCCUGUCAGCACUGUGAAAGUCAAGGUGAUGGUGACGGUGUGGAAGAAGGAGGCGGAGCAAGCAGAGGUGCAAGAGUUGGGCUACCUAAGUGUCCUGCAACAGCGGGACCCGUCACUAACCUUCAGACAUGACCUCAACACCUUCAAGGCCCAAGUGAGCACCACCUUGACCGUCCUGCCGCCUCCCACCGUUCGCUGCAAGCUGAUGAGUGUUUCAGGGCGACACCUGGCUGUGCUCAAAGUGUUAAACAAGUCAUCACAAGAGGAGGUGAGCGUGGGGGACCUUCGUAUUCUGCCGGACCUCAAUGCUUCCUACCUUCCCGUGAUGCCUGACGGAUCUGUUCUGCUCGUGGACAACGUUUGCCAUCACUCAGGCGAGGUGGGCAUGGCGUCUUUCUGCAAGGUGGACAGCCCGGCCAGCCGCCUUCCCAGCACACUCGGUGCCUUGGAGGAACACGAUUUCAUGUUCCAGUUGCAUCUCAAUGACAUGCCGCAGGAUGAGUCAAAUGAGGGGAUGGAGGUUCCUCUAGUUGCCGUGCUUCAGUGGUCAACUCCCAAGAUGCCUUUCACCAACUGCAUCUACACCCACUACAGGUUGCCGAGCGUCCGUCUAGACCGGCCCAGGUUCGUGAUGACGGCCAGCUGUCCCGGCACUGUCAAAGUCAAAGAGCACUUCAAGGUCAAAUACGUGCUGAUCAACAACCUGCAAGACUUCCUCUCCGUACGACUCGUCUGGACUCCUGAGGGGCGCGGUCAGAGCGAAGAUGCCACAUUGUCAGCGGUGGUGUGCCACACCCCACUCAGUAACUUGGGUCACUGUCGCAAAGGCAGCACGCUAACCUUCAGUGUGGCCUUCCAGAUCCUCCGACCAGGACUCUACGAGCUGAGUCAGCACAUGAAACUCAAGCUCCAAUUCACGGCAUCCGUGUCCAACCCGCCCCCUGACGCCAGGCCGCUCUCGCGUAAGAACAGCCCAUCCAGCCCGGCGGUGCGAGACCUGCUGGACCGCCACCAGGCCAGUUUGGGUCGCUCACAGUCUUUUUCGCACCAACAGCCGUCACGCUCCCACAUCAUGAGGACGGGCAGCGCCAUGGAGCGGCGCGCCAUCACACCACCAGUGGGCUCUCCGGUGGGCCGGCCGCUCUACUUGCCACCGCAGGACAAAAGUCUCCUAUCGCUGGACAAGAUCGCUAAGCGUGAGUGUAAAGUUCUGGUGGUGGAUCCGGGACAAGGGGAGAACAUGUAA